ACUAAAUCAAAGCUACUACAUUAUAAAUGGAAAGGCAAACGCUGCUAAACCGAAGUUCUUAUCUGUGCAUAAGGACCUCGAAGUAGCGUUUAAUAACAAACACAGAGGUGAUCGAGUGCAACCGUCAGUUUAUGACUCAACAGUUCUCGAAUGGUUUUAUUUCGUUCGAAGAAGCUGAAAAGAUCACUGCUGGCACUUUCUUUGGUCAAUUCCUGCAUAUGUUUGUUGUGUAUUGUUCACGAAAAAUUAUUUAGUAUUUGAUUAUCCAGAUUUUCUGUAGAUGCGGUUUGUAUUUUAGUUAAAGUAAAAGCACUAAAUAGAGAUGGACGAACCAAAAGGUAGAAGUCAUAGUUACAAACGAAAGGUGAUUUUGUCCUUUCCACUACUUCUACCAGUAGUUUGCUAAUCAAUUCAGCAUUUGAAAAGGCUGACGAUCUCCAGAAGUGGUAAACAAUUGAUCUCGCUUUGCACUUACAGAUAACCUCCCCACAUGUUAGUUAUGUGAGGUACUUUAAAAAUUUAUUUCCAAUUACAGGCAUGACAGCAUGAAGGCAAAGAAGAUUGACAUAAGUUUAAUGCCAAGUCGAUUAAUGCGCACAGCCCGAAAAGUGAAAAUUUCUGACAUUUUGGACGGUUCACUUACCAAUGUGAAGGACAUGUACUAUAAGUUCAAUGCCAAGAUUAGUGGCAUUGACAAUAACAAUGGUCCAUGGUAUCAUGCGUGCAAGAAAUGCUAUAGGCGGGUAACUGUUAUAGAGAGUGCUGCAAUUUCUUGUGACUAUUGUUCAGGAGAAGAUAUUGAUUAUGAGGAGAGGUAUAGGUUGAAGUUUGAUGUCACUACUGAGGAACAAUCUCUAAGUAUUACGUUGUUUGAUGCUGCGCAAUUCGUUUUUGGUUGCGACGUAAAGGAGUAUGUUUGCUCGACAUCUGUGAAGAAAGAGGAUUCUGGGUACUACCGCAAGUUGGUAUUGAGUAAGGGAAAAGAAUUCAGUAUCCUUGUGAAGAUUGAUCGAAAUUUUGCAACAGGAGAUUCAAAAAUGAAUUUGAUAGCUCCGGAGAUACAUGAGGUUGAAAAAUUAAUUGCAGCAUAUGAAAGCGACGUUGAAACAUUGAUUAAAAAAACAAAGGACCAAGAGGACCAAGAAGGUUAAAGAUAACAAUGGAGAGCCCCAGCAAAUGACCGAUACGAUCAACCCGCUAGCUGGUGACAUACCUCAUGAUGAAACCAAAAACACUGCAGAUGAAAUAGAGAUUGAAACCCCAAUAAUAAAGCUAAGAAGCAAGAGGACCAGGAAAGUUAAAAAUACCAAUGCAGAGCACCCGAUGAUUGAUAACACGAAUCACAUAACGUUGGAGAAGAUGUUGGCCCGUCCGAAAGUGAGAUCGAAAUGCUGAUAAUAAAGCUAGUUCUGGGCAGGUACAUUGCACGUGUUCCCCAUGUUUAUUUUGAACGAUUUAUACACAUUACAUGAAGACAUUCGUGUUAAGUAAUAUAAAAAGUAACUGCACAAAUUAGCAACUCUAUUUACGGAACAUUCUGGGUGUUUCAUUGUCAAUUACAACGAUAAUGUUAAAAUCUGAAUGUGUGCAAUAAGUAAUAGAAAAUGUUGCUACAAAGAUUUGAAGAUCAGUUUGACGAAUAUGCAGUGUACAUAUAAUAAGUUGCUCAUCAGUGCUUAGGUGUGUCGUUGUCCUCUAAACCUGAAAAUUGUAACCAUUGAAUUUAGUUAGGGUUGGCCGAUAAGUAAGUAGUGAAUUUUUUGUGGUAUUAGGUGCAAACAUGUCAUAUGAGUGUGUCAUACCCAGUGUUUUAAAAGGCGGAGGCAUAAGGCGAGGCGUUUUACGUCUGCCUCAGCGAGGCGUAUGCCCCGAGACACGGGGCAUAGGCCUCAUGGGACUUUAAUUUUUAGUAUUUCAUAAAAGGAUAUAAUUAUAAUAACUACUUUUAAAUAGGUAAAAUAGCGUAAAAAAUUGAAGAAAACUAUAAAUAUAUGCUCCAUCCCCACAAAAAAAAAACUAAUCAAAACAAUUUAUUAUACGCUACUUACAAGCACUAGUGACUGCUCGUUACUUUUUUGAGAUAGUAGAAGGCAAGAUAAAUAAGUGGAAAAGAACAUAUCUUAGGCAUUCUAGCAAUAAAAAAAGGUCGUGACUUUUAAAUUUAAUGUUUCGGUUCCUUUUUAAAAUAUUUGAGUAAUUACUAGUUGACUUUUGAGAAUUUGGGCAUUAUAUUGAGGACUUAUUUAACAAAUUUUGUUUUAAUUUGAAGAAGUUUUCUGGGCUUACGCCCCAAACGCCCAAACGCACACCCCGAAUUGCUGGGCGUACGCCUUUUGAGACUUUCGCCUUGAACCAUCGCCCCGGGGCAUUUUUGAUAUGCCC